UGGAGUGAAUUAUUGUUUUCGACCCAGGUUACUGGUUCCUCGUAACACCGGUACUAACAGAUCAAGUUUCACUCAAGUUGAUCGCUGCAUUUUCUAUCGUGAGGGAUGUAAGGUCAGACGCUGCCGUUUGAGCGUAGGAGAGACCAACUAUUUCCUUUGCCAGCCACCCAACUAACAUUUGAUGUUCUCACAGAAUCAAUGUUAAUGUGUUUCACAACCAUCUUAUAAUCGCUUUAAUAACAUUAUAUGAUAACAACGGCGUUUUAUCUGGAAGGCAACCUGUUCUUCAACCUAACCACUCCAAUUCUCACAAUGGACCCGACUUUAAGCGAUAUUGAGAUUUAACUCGGAGAGAUAGUUUCCUUCCGUGGUGACCUUACAAAACUUUCUUGACCUUUUUGAUCAGAGCAAAAGUAUUUACCUUCAUAUGGAAUUUCAUUCAUGGUUCUUCUUCAAUUAAUGUUUUUGUAAUCGGGAGUUGUAGUACCUACGAUCGGGUCGAGUAGAUCGAAAACACCCGCAUGUAUUUGGUACAGAUGAUUUGGUGAUGAUAUUGCAGAGAUCAAGUGACAGCUGUAAGGACAGUAAUUCUUUCAAGCACGCUAAGUGAUAAAAAGGCGGGAAAAUGUUUAAAGUCGCAGAAGUCAAGUGUAUUAAUUUAAUCAGUUGAAAGUUUUCGUCAGAAACAGUGAACAACGUUAAUCAGUGUUACGUAGAUGUCUGCCAUUUUUGAGGAGGCGUAAUUAUGAAAAGCUUGUGUGAACUUGACAAAAACUGAGAACAGGUAGAACUAUUUGAUGUCAGAUCUGCAGUGCAAGAUUAUAGAUAAAAAUGGCAAGAAGAAUUCAUAUACGAGAAAAACGAUGGAAAUUAUCAUCAAAGGAAAAUGAAUUGGCAGACAAAGAAGACUCGGGAGUUCAUUUAGAGGAACCGUCAUCACCUCUCUCUCAACCGUGGGCUUCCGAAGAUCUUAACGAUUUUAUGCGUCAAAUGACUAAUCCAACUAAACAUCGAAUGUCUUCAGACUCUUCCUCUGGAUCUGUGUCACCUACAUCAAGAGUUUUACGUGGAUCCAGAAAAUCAAGUCUUGAAUUACCAGAACAAUUUAAUGAAAAAUGUACUGUUCAGCAUCGUUAUGCUUCUCGUUCGUCACGGUCCAGUACCGAUUCACACUCAAAAUCUCUCCUUUCACCAGACAUUGAGGAGCAGGAAUCAGAAAUAUUUUAUUUCGAAGACAAAAGUGACUCAUCCAAAGAUUCCUCUAAAAACGAUCAAGCAGAUGAUGGCAUAUGUGACGUUACUGAAUUUACGAUUAAAAUGUCAUCAAAUGAAGAAUUCCAUGUAACGUUUACAUGUGAAUCAUCACAAGAAGGUUCAGAUUGUGAAGCAAAAUCUCCUGUAGACACUAAAUCUAAAAAAGUGAAAGAAAGCAAAAAAGGGCGAUUUCGUAAAAUGAUUCCAAGACCUUUACGAAGAAGUCAUAGUGCUGGUUGUGCGAAAGAUGUCCCAUCUCAUGCUUUAUUUCUACAAUAUGAUGAGAAAAAUACAGAAUCGAUGGAAAGUCGUAGAUCUAAAAGUAUAAGUGAUCAAGAACAACCGUCUGCACCCAGACCACGCAUUGUCCAUAAAACAUCAUCAGCAGAUGCAGCUAUGAUGGCAACAGAAGAAUUUGGAGCCAUAGCAGCCCUCCAGACACAACCAAAACCUAAAUCUCGCAGCAUUGCAAAGAAUGUCAAGAGGAAACUACAGCUGCUUAAAAGACGUCAUACAGAUUCUACACUUGGAAGUGGUAUCAAACAUAUACAUGGUAAAAAUGGCUCACCAUCUGCUAAUGAAGUUGCUAAAUGGGCUGAAUCCUUUGAUUAUCUUUUGUCGGAUAAAUAUGGAAUAGAUCUAUUCAAAGAAUUUCUUCAUUCUGAAUUCAGUGAAGAGAAUUUAGAGUUUUGGUUGGCAUGUGAACAAUAUAAAAGCACCAAAACAAAUAAGUUGGCCAGUACAGCACAAAAAAUAUAUACCGAAUUUGUUGCUGCUCAAGCACCUAAAGAGAUUAACUUAGAUUCUAAAACAAGAGGAACAACUCUCAGUAACCUCACCUGUCCCAAUCGACACUGUUUCCAAGACGCUCAGAAACGUGUUCAAGCUCUCAUGGAAAAAGACUCUUAUCCCCGAUUCCUAGAAUCAGAUAUAUAUCAAAGAUCUGUGCUACGUUCGCAAAAUUCUUGAAGAAAUCAGUGUAUGGCAUAAUCCAUAAUAAAACUAUAUAAAGACUUACAGUGCUCAUAGAGAUUAAAAAAUUCCAGAGAUAAUGGACAAUUGUGGAAGGUGUGAUAAAAAUUAAAAACUAUUUGAUUGGAGACAUUUACCAUUACAAUAGUUUUAAUUGAAUGUGAUAGAUAGACUUAGUAUGCAGCAAACAAUAUGUUAAUGAGGAUAUGCAAAUUCUAUAUAAAAAUAGAAUAUAUUAAUAUUAUGAUAAUAUCAUGCACAUGUAUGAAAUACACUAAGUGUAAUAGUCAAAAUCUGCACUGAACUUUAUAAACUAAAUAUGGAACCAAAAUUGACUAGAGAUCUCUGAAAAAGUUAUGAAGAUUCACAUUUUUUUUUUUUUUUUUUUUACACCCUUUUGGUUAUAAAAUCCUAAAGAGGUCAGAGGGUAGGCAAGAAAAUACACCCAACAUAAAGAACAUCAUAGCAGAUAUAUUUAUAAUGUGCAUCAAAUGUAUACUGAGCUCAAAUCAAAAACUGGAAUUUAGAAAAGAAAGAUAGGCAUUGUUUAUAAAAACCCAAUCAAUAUUUGAUAUUGAAAUAGAUAUUUGAUGGUGUUCUAAUAUGGUCUCAAUUUAUAAUAUUCCAAAUAUUAUUUGAAAAGAAAUGGAAGAGAUAUUAAUUUCAUGAACUACUAAUUUUGAAAUGAUGAACAUGAGAAUUACAUGCUUAUUUAGUUUUCAAUUUCUUUCACAAUACAUAAUUACAAUAUUAUAUUACAGUUCUAAUGAGUGAAACCUAUCUUAUUAAAUAUAAUCUAUCGGAUUUCAUUUAAUAAUGGAUAUCAUUUGGAUCUCGAAUUUCAACCACAAACACAAAAUUGUGCUAACUGAAUUAAAAAUCUGUAAUGUUAAAAAGGUUAUUAAAAUCUGAGAGCUUCUAUAUAUCAAUCAUAUAUGUAUACUGUAUAAUGUUCUGUGUAUACAAAUAAGCCUAUCUGUGUAUCAAUCAUUCAAAGUUAAUUUAUGUAAAUAUUCAUGAAUUAUAUUAUAUAAAGCUUAUAGAAAAUCUAUUAUAUUUCGUUUUAUAUGAAUGUUUAGAUGUUGUACAGAGCUGGUUUUUGUACAUAAUUUAAGACUUUUUUUGCUGCAGUGCAGUGUUUUAUGAUAUUAUUUAUUUAUACCAUGUACACAGGGCAUAUAAUAUUAAAGGGACAACACAUCAAUUGGUACCUUGUUCUUUAAAAAUUUAAAAGUGUGCACUGUUAUAUGUAACAAACUGUUAUUACAAUCUUAUACUAUAUAAAAAAAGAAAUUUGAGAAUAAUUAUUAUACUUUUAUGAGCUCAGGCACAUAUAGUUGGCUGUAUGAAAUACUAGAAUCAUUGUUGAUUGAGUAUUGUCUUGGUUGCUAAAUUAGACUUUGAUUCUGGCAUGUUGUCCAUUUGAAUUUCAACUAAACACUGUUUAUUAAGGGUUAAUAUUGAAUGAAUUAUUCUCUUCUGACUCAAUUACGGAGUUCGCUAGUUUAUUGAACUUCAAAAAUAUAGGUAGGGCCUAUAUUUUGUAAUAAUGGUUGUUUUUUUUUUAAAUGCUUAAAUAUAUGACUCUUUAAUGAAAUGUAUACUCUUAUGAACUCCUUUUGUUAAAGUUAUAUUUUUAGGAGAAAUUAUUUCGAUCUAUGUUGUUUUUGUUCAACUGGUUGACCAAAAUAGUGCAAAACUGAAAAUACAGGUCACAAUGAUUGUUCUGACGAGAUCUCUGAAAAUUGCUGAAAACAUAUUUAUUUAUAUCAUUGUUUCAUUUAAAAAAAUAUUUUUCAACCAAAAACCAAUUUUUUAAUCAACUUUUUGCGUGUUUCAUGAUAGUCUUAGAUUACUCUUUCUAUAGUAACGGGUAUGAAAUUAUCUGACAGUUACAUUUCUAAACCAAUCUAACAUUUUCAAUGGCAGACGGCCAGGAUGAACAAAUUUGACUGAAAGCCUUUUUUAACCCAUUUAUGAAAUCGUUCUAUUUUCAAGCAUACAUAGGAUAGUUGUAAAACUGUUUCAGAAAAAUAUUCUUUUUAAUUCCUGUUGUAUAUAUUCAUCUUAAAUGUUCCAUCCUUUAUAUAAUGCUGCAUAAUACUCUGUUAUGUUUUGUUUACAAUAUUAUUGUGUUAAAGAAUAUUGUGGUUUUCUAUGAAGAUGUUUUAUCUGUUACUGUCUUUAUACAGCAUAUCAAUAAAAACAUGUUUAA